AUCCAAAACGUCACGACUCAACUCACUUCCGUUUCCUUUCCCUGAGUUGAUCCUCCCUGUCAUGUAACAUGGUUCCCCAUCAACUCUGACAGCAGGACAACUGCGUCCUUUUUUCUCGACCUCUUUUCCGACUGAGCGUUCAACGUAGCGGGGAUUCAUGUCCAAAGACGGUCGCUAUGAUGGCCGGCGGCGCGGUGCCGGACAGCACCGUCUCGGAGCGAGGAUCGGGCAUGGAGGUGACGGGAGGGAGAGGUCUGGCAGUAACAGCUCGGGCUCCUCACAUGGAGGAGGAAAAGGCAAAAAUGCGUCCAUAAAUGCUUUAAAGGCAUCUUUCCAGCGCUCCAACAGUCAUGACAAAGUACGGAAGAUCGUGGCUGAAGAGGGCCGCGCAGCUCGGAACCUGAUUGCGUGGAGCGUCCCCCUGGAGAGUAAAGAAGAUGAAGCCAAGUCCAAAAGUCACUCCAAAGCUCAGAGGAUUCAUUCUGGGCAACAAAGAAAUAAGAAGCAGAAUGCCAGUGCGGAGAGUAAAAGCACAACUGGUGCCUUGUUGGACAAGGCGGCUGAGAAGAGCCCCACCAAAGCCCGGCAGCCCCGCAAAGUGGACCUCCGAGCACGCUACUGGGCCUUCUUGUUUGACAACCUGCGGCGUGCGGUGGAUGAGAUCUAUGUCACGUGCGAGUCUGAUCAGAGCGUCGUAGAAUGCAGGGAAGUGUUGAUGAUGUUGGACAACUAUGUGCGGGAUUUCAAAGCUCUCAUAGACUGGAUUCAGCUUCAGGAGAAGCUGGAAAAAACAGAUGCCCAGAACAGGCCUACCUCUUUAGCCUGGGACCUGCGUAAGAUGUCACCGGGACGUCAUGUGGUGCCUAGCUCCUCUGCAGACAGACUGGUAUCUUCUCCGGGUACACGUCGCACCCUCACCUUUGGCGGUCCUCCUACUGCACUGGCUGCUGCCCGACUGUCCCACUCAGGCCCCAGCUGGGCAGACAGAGUGAAGUGCACUCAGUCAGCGGCAAGUUCUAGUCAACUGACAACUUCACAAGUUGAAACACCAAGUAAGAAGGAUGCAGAAGGCUGGGAGACUGUCCAACGAGGACGUGCUGCCAAGCCUCGCUCUGCCACCAUGAUCGCCAAGGUCAGCCCGGUCGUGGCGGUCAAUGUUGCUCCCAAGCAGGACAACAAUCAGUCACAUGUGGCGCCACAAAAAGUUCCACCUUCCUGCCCUCAGCUCUUGCCUGACAACAACGCAACCCAGGUGGACUCUGAGCAGCAAGUCCCUGCACAGCCGGACCCCCUGGAGAAUGUUAAACAUGCAUUGAGCGGGAAUGCGAUGGAGCCCCCAGCAGAGAGUGCACAAGACUCGGGGAAUUGUGUCGACGUACCCUGCGACGGCGCGCCUCCCCCUAUAGCAGAUCUCAUCCUUUCCCAAGCUUCAGAGCCCACCCUAUGCUCAGCCGCAGUCCAACCAGGCGACGUGACCUUAUCAGUGCCACUUCCUGCUCUGGCCCGCUCCGCAUCCCCAGAUCAAGCCCAGACGGAUAGGCUCUGCGGACCGUCUGCCUUUGGGAACAAUGUGGCGGAGGGGGGCUCGUCGCAGGGCACGGACAGAUCUGCUCCACAACAGGCUGAGACUCCCAUGACAGCGGUGAAACUGGAGAGUGUUCUGGACCCCACAGAGCUUUCUACUCCUCAGUCCAUUGCAGAGGUCCUGGCCAAGAAAGAGGAGUUGGCAGACCGACUGGAGAAGGCCAACGAGGAAGCCAUCGCCAGUGCCAUAGCAGAGGAAGAGCAGUUGACUCGAGAGAUACAAGCAGAGAACAACGAUCUGGACACGGAUAAUGACAAUGACUUCCCGCCUAGCAUUGCCAAUGGAGGAUGUGGACCCAAUAUGGAGUGGAGUGAGAUGCUAGCAGACUAUGAUGCGAGAGAGGCAUGGCGUCAGAGUACCUCAUGGGGCGACAUGGUGGAGGAAGAACCUGCUCGACCUCCCGGACAUGGAAUCCACAUGCAUGAAAAAUUGUCUUCGCCAUCUCGCAAAAGGACCAUUGCAGAGUCAAAGAAAAAACAUGAGGAGAAACAGCUGAAGGCGCAGCAACUGCGAGACAAACUAAGGGAUGAAAAGACGCUCAAACUGCAGAAACUUUUAGAAAGGGAAAAAGAGGUGAGGAAAUGGAAGGAGGAGCUGUUGGAGCAACGCAGGAGGAUGAUGGAGGAGAAGCUGUUGCAUGCCGAGUUCAAGAGAGAGCUGCAACUCCAAGCCAUUGUGAAGAAGGCUCAGGAGGAAGAGGCCAAGGUCAACGAAAUAGCAUUCAUCAACACUCUAGAAGCACAGAACAAGAGACACGACGCCUUGGCGAAGUUAAAUGAAUAUGAGCAACGCCUCAAUGAGCUUCAAGAGGAGAGGCAGAGGAGACAAGAGGAGAAGCAGGCGAGGGAUGAAGCUGUGCAGGAACGCAAGCGAGCACUUGAAGCAGAGCGUCAGGCACGUUUGGAGGAGCUUUUAAUGCGGCGCAAGGAGCAGGAGGCUCGAAUCGAACAGCAGCGGCAGGAAAAAGAGAAAGCAAGAGAAGAUGCAGCAAGGGAGAGAGCCAGAGACCGAGAGGAGCGUCUGGCGGCGCUGAGUGCAGCUCAGCAGGAGGCCAUGGAAGAGUUGCAGAAGAAAAUCCAAAUGAAGCACGACGAGAGCAGCCGCAGGCAUAUGGAGCAAAUCGAGCAGAGGAAGGAGAAGGCGGCUGAGCUCAGCAGCGGCCGGCACGCAAACACAGACUACGCCCCCAAGCUGACGCCAUACGAACGCAAGAAGCAGUGCUCACUUUGCGGCGUUGUGAUCACCUCAGAGGUGCACCUGUUCAGCCACACCAAGGGCAAGAGGCACCAACAGGCCGUGCGAGACAGCAGCAGCAUCCAGGGACGGGAGCUGUCCGACGAGGAAGUGGAGCACCUUUCUUUGAAGAAAUACAUUGUGGACAUCAUGACGGAUGGCUCGGUUUCUUCUGAAAGCAUAAAGGACGGGGAGGAGAAGCAAAAGGCCCGCAAGAAGGCAAAGAAACUCCGUGCCAGGAUGAACUCCAGAGCGAAGCAAUACGAGACGUCAUUUCAGACGCAGGUUCCUGACUCCCCGUACAAGGCCAAGUUGCAGCGCCUAGUGAAGGACCUUUUGAAGCAGUUGCAGGGCCAAGACAAUGGCCAGUGGGCCAACAACAAAGUGUCUGGUCUGGACCGAACCUUAGGGGAGAUUUCUCGCAUCUUGGAGAAGCAGAACAACGCAGACCAAGUAGCUUUCCAAAUAAGCGGUGGACUAUCGGCUCUGGAGCAAAUCCUGCAGGUUGUCACUGCUGCCUCAUCACCUACCGCCAUCCCCCGUAUUCCACUCAAGUCUCUCUGUGCUGCUGUGAAUACCUACUACUUGGCGUGCGCUUGCUGUCCCCUCAACUGCUCCUAUGUACUGUUUAGCAACAAGAUUGCUCUCCUCAUGGACCUACUGCUGCAUCAGCUCACACUUUAUGUCCCAGACGAGGACAAGUCCAUCUUUGGCCGCACUGUUAACAAACAAGUCUUUGAGGGUUUGACCACCGGCUUGUUGCAGACCACGGCUACCAUCAUGGGGUGCCUGUGGUCGCUCACCUCAGAGUCGGGAAAAGGUGAUAACGCGCUGAUUUCUUCGCCAGAUGUCAAAGUCAAAAACUCUGCCACAGAUUCCUUCAAUACUCGCACACAAGACCUAAUCAGCUACAUGGUCAACAUGGGUUUGAUUGACAAGCUAUAUGGCUGCUUCCUGUCAGUCCAAAGCCCUGUGGAUGAGCAUCCCAAGAUGUCGGCUUUUCUCCAGCAAGCUUCAGCUCUGUUGCACAGCAUGUGUAAGCUCUGCUUUGUCGUGACUGGACGUGGGUACAGUAUUUUUGACAAUAAACGACAAGAUCCAACCGGGAUGACAACCCUGCUGCAGUCCACAGACCUGGUGGGAGUGGUGCACACGCUGUAUUCCAUCCUGUUGCACAGCUUUGUGCCAGAGUCUUCCUCGCAGAGCCAGGAACCCUACAGCAUUGGGGUCAUCCAGGUGGCUUUGCAAGGCAUCCGCUUCCUCAACAGUUUUGCCCUGCUUGACCUCUUCGCCUUCCAGACUGUUCUAGGAGCUGAGGGCCUGUCGCUCGCUUUUCGCCACAUCGUCAGCUCGCUGCUGUGGUAUUGUACCCAGCAUUCUGCUGAAGAGCUGCUCCAUGAAGUCAUUAUCUGUGUGGGAUACUUCACGGUCAAUCACCCGGACAACCAGGUGAUCGUCCAGUCUGGACGUCAGCCCAGCGUCCUGCAGAAACUGUGUCAGCUGCCCUUCCAGUACUUCAGCCACCCACGCCUCAUCCGCGUGCUCUUCCCCUCGCUCAUCUCAGCGUGCUCCAACAACGCACCCAACAAGGUCAUCCUGCAGCAGGAGAUGAGCUGCGUGCUGCUGGCCACCUUCAUCCAGGAUUGUGCUGCCAGCGAGAAAGAUUCAGACCCCAAAACAAAGCAAAGUGUGCACCAGCAGCUGGAUUACUGCGAGUUGCCCAACCGCUUCCCCAGAGACCAGUGGGACUCGGCUCUGCAGUUUUUCCUCAAGAAGCAAGAGGACUGAAGGCAACUUUCUGCAACUUGAAGUGUCUGGACUUUUUUUUUUUUUUUUACUGUAACUCUCUAAAUCCAUUCAAAAAAACGUUAAAGCCUUAUUCCGAGUGUGCACAUGCUAGGAAAGAAGUGUACCAGCAAUUUGCACACAUGACUUUUUGUAUAGUAAAGUGAAACCAGACGGUUGUUUCUGUUUUGGAAACGUUAAUUUAUUACAUCUUUUGUAUUGGUCACUCAUGUUGUUGUAGCUGCCGUCUUUUUCAUCUCUUUUCCAAGAAGGCAAAAUGUGUAUAGUUGAUCAUACGGACUAAAAUGUUUAUUAUUUUCAAAUGUAUGAAUGUACAUAAUAAAAGUGUUUGUGUUCUUUCCA